CAAAUUGAUUAACUCGGUAUUGUAAAGUGAGGUUAUCUAAAUAGGAAUAUAUUUGCAUCAAAAUUGAGAUAAAUUUUAUACGAAUUUUAUAACUAAAGAACCAUGAAAUUAUCUCAAAUAUUAUACCGGCAACAUAUAGGGUUUAUGUUUAAAAAACAUUGGCUAGUUCAAGGUAAAAAAGUACCUAUUGAAACUGGUGUUGAACAGGUUCUAAAAGCUAGAGGGAUUCCUGUUGAAGAUGCUCUUGAAUUUGUAAAAGAAAAGCCUGAGAAGAGAGAGCGGAUUCAAAUAAUAGGUCCUUUUGAAACACCUGCUCCUUUAGAUGAAACACACCCAGAAUAUAAAGACAGACCAUGCUAUACACUCAAGAGCAACAACCUGCUUCUUGAAGGUCUAUCUCAGGCACAGAUCCUGACUAAGACUGUUGUUGCUGAGAACAGGCUUCCGUCAAGGAUUGAGGAACUGGCCGAAGUCUCUGCACCUAAAGCUGUCCAUGAGAAUGUAAAAAAAGCAAUACUAUCAGCCAAUAUAUUUGACUGUGAACAGAAAAAACUACCAAAAAUAAAAGACCCGGAAAGACCAGCUUAUAACUUCCCAAGAAUAUUAGGGAUUACUGAUAAAAGGCGCAACCAAAUUUUGACUAAUAGACUGGUUCAAAUUGUGGAAAGAUGCAAUGACACUGAAUCCACACUUUCAAGACUUGUGCUCAAUGACAUUCAGAGCCACACAGUGUUUGAUAAAGAAGAUGAUUUGAUUCAAUUUCAAGAUAUAUCCAACAUUUUGGUAACCAGCAACAAACCCAUCAGCUAUGAAACAGAAAGUGACAUAGCAUUUGUGGAGAUUCCCGAUUUAUAUCCAAUCAAACACACUAUCACUCUACCAAAAGAGCACUUUUACGAUGAAUAUAGUAAAUACCCAAUCCAACCCUCAGUAAGCAUGAGACACCCACACACCACAUGGCUGCACAUCAACAGCACGGAGGUGGGCAACAUUUACGAGACUCCACCGACACCAACUCAGAUAUACGGCAGGGCUCUAACACAUGCGUUUACGGUAGCCGCUGCCUACGCCAAGCAGUUAUAUGGAGAAGAAAUCAAAGAUUUGCCAGUACCCAUUUAUGUAAACUGCAUACAGACUAAUGGUCAGAAGUUUCACUUUGGCGUAUUCGAGUUGAAAACAUUGAACUUGGAUGGCACCGAGGGCACCAAAAAUGUAUGGUAUUGUAAGAAUGACAUGAAAAUGUAUGACUCCAGCCGAUACUUCAGUGGUUUGCCAGUUUUAGAGAACUAUAACCCUAAAGUUUAUGGGUAUAUAAAUGCACUUUACAAUUGUUAAGAUUUGUUGUUUUUUAGAUUAGUUAAUAUAAUGUAUUCUGUAAAUUA